AUGUCCCUGCUGAAAUCCCCCGUCGCCGCCUCAUCGGGGAAAGACAAAGCGCCGUCGCCUACCCGGAAACCGGAUGGGAUACACCUUGACAAAAUACACUUGUCGCGAGGGGCCACCCUGCAGCGAAUUUACAAUCAUGCCAAGAAAAGCAGCUUUGUCGUUCUGGGAUCUCCACCGUCCACAGGGAAAACCUCACUGUUGGAGCUCCUUCAUGAGUCUCUUGACUCGAAGAAAGCUAACGUGAUCCGAUAUCCCAUUCGAUCCGAUGAUCCGGUGGAGCUUAUCAAGGAUCUUGCCGAUAAAGGAAUCACCAAGGAUAGAAAUGCUUUGAAGAAAUUGGAGAAUACAUGGUUGCUAAUUGACGAUGCUCAGAACGCCUAUGAGAAGAAAUUCAACAAAUUUUGGGAGAUUGUCGUGAAGGACGGUAGCGCCGCUUCUUCAAAAGGCCUAUUUGUGGUGAUUGCCGCGACCUACGACCUCACUACGACCGUGUCGCCCGUGCAUUUUGGGACAUUGAAGCAUGUUAAUCCAAACAUCAACGAAAAGGAAGCAAGCCAUUGGAUAUCCGUCCAUCUAGAGCAUUGGCAGGCAAAGCAUGGGUAUGAAUAUGGAAAGUGGGAGCGGUUUAAAGACCAGGUUCUUACACUUAGCAGGAUCUGGCCGCUGGAAGAGGAAAGCAACGAGGAGCCGGAGGAAAGCAGUGAGGGGAAGAAAAGCAAAGAUGAUGAGGAAAGCGACGACGAGGGGGAAAACGAGCAAAAGUAUCAUAUUGGAGUGAUCAUGGCCGCUAUCCGAGCCGUAGAAGACAGGCGCGCGCAAAAAAAAAAUUUUUCGGAAGACGAGGCACUUGAUCAUCUGAGAACACAUUACUUCACAACAUUACUCGACAGGUGUUAUGGAUUUGACAUGGAUGAGCUGACAAAGCAUAUGAAGAAGUACUUGCAAAUGGCCCUGGUUCAGAAACCAGGUUCGGAAAACUAUUCUGCUUCACCCAUCUUCCCUUUAAUCCGAGCUGGAAUCUUGAACAGUGAUGGAAAGUUCGCGUGUUUCGCAGCAAAGUGGUACUACAACCGGAAGUGCUUCCCCGACCGCCCCCUGGAUCCUCCCAAGUCACUCCGAGAAUUAAUCAUUGAGUCCAUCAAGACAAUGUCGGCAACGAGGCUGAAUCAGGCUGUCCAGAAUGGGACGUUUCCAAAGGAAGCAGCCUUUCAACAGCUUAUGAACGAGGCAAUGUCUAUGAAACUACCAGCCAGACAUUCAAUUACGCCAGAAUUUGGUACCAUUGCUGUCGACUCUCAGGAUCCCAACGCCGAGCCUGUGACUGGUGAGUUGGAUUUUUAUGUCAAUGGUGAGAUGAAGUGGUGUAUUGAAAUGGUUCGACAAGGUGAUCGCAUAGGAGAACACAUGCAUCGCUUCAAGAAAGUCCAGGAUUCAAAGGGGGCAUCCAGAAGAAACGAUAAAUCUACAAAUGUAGUCUGUCUGCGGCAGGCGGAAUGUGCAUCACGCGACCCUCUGUUUGGGAGACCCCUUUAG